AUGGUUGAUCCGAAAAAAAAUGACAAGGAUGAGGUCUGUAAAGUGGAUGAAUCGGAACUCAAAUGGACAUGUCCUCCAAUACGGAAUGUCACACAUCCACUGCGUUACUACGAGUUAACACCAGAUGAAAUGAAAGCGCUGGAGGAAUGUGACAGGGAGAGCUUCUACGAGCGCUGUCUACCCUUUAGCACAUUGUUCGCUGCUCUCACUUACACUGGCAUACGAUUAGGACGCCUAAGAGCUCACCCGCACUUCGGCAGCUAUCCGAAGGUUAUGCUGGCUGCGUUUAUCGGUCAUUGCUUCGGACGAGUCUCCUAUAUACCGGAGUGUGGCUUCAAACUGCGUACAGACUUACCUGCCAAUAGCCAUCUCGGGAACACGAUGCGGAAAUACUAUAAUGAAGCGAAUCCACCAAAAAAGAAAUGA